UAAAUGACCUUUGACACGAAAUUGGUCUUCAGAGUGUUUUUUCGAUACUGUGUUUUUAAUUAGCAGUAGAGAAUAUUUAUGACACUGAAUUCUUCGUCUGCUUUGGAAAUUGAUCAGGAUUUUGCAUGUCAGAUUUAGACAGUCAGAAAUAUUUAUAGAAAGAGCGUCACUGCAGCAAAACAAGAUGGCAGAAAACAUAUUUUUGUUUAUCCCUAACAUAAUUGAUUAUUUCAGAGUGAUAACAGCUUUGCUGUCAUUUUAUUAUAUGAGAACAGAUUAUAUGUUGACUACUUUCUGGUAUUUGUUAAGUGGACUUUUAGAUGCCAUUGAUGGUCAUGCAGCAAGAAUGUUAAAUCAAGGAAGCAAGUUAGGUGCACUCCUAGACAUGUUGAUAGAUAGAUGUGCCACAAUGUGUCUGUUAGCAGCUUUAUGCCAUUUCUAUCCAGAUUACAUGAUGUUCUUCCAGAUCUCCAUGUCAAUAGAUAUAACCAGUCACUGGUUCCAUGUCCAAAGUUCACUGAUGCAGGGUGCUACAAGCCACAAGAUGAUAGAUCUAGGUGCUAAUCCUGUACUGAGACAUUAUUAUCAUAACAGGAAAAUUCUAUUUGUGAUGUGUGCAGCUAAUGAGUUGUUCUAUUGUAUGUUAUACUUAACACACUUCACGUCUGGACCUUUCAAUAUAUUCAGCAUUAUCCUGUAUCUGUCUGCUCCAUUAGCCCUCAUUAAGACUGGUAUCAGCAUCCUUCAGUUAGUGGUGGCAUGUCAGAAUGUGGCCGCUGUUGAUGUGGCAGAUAGAGCGACAGUUGCUGGGAACAAGAACCAGUAAAUUAAUGAACCUUUAGAGCCAAAGAAGAAAUGUGUUGUUUAUUUAUUGUUAAUGUGAAAUGGAUAUGUUUGUUAAAAAUAGAUAAAUGUGAAUUCAGAAAUGUGUGCAUCUGUUAUUGCGAUAAUCUGCAUAAAUAUGUUUUAGUUAUCAAAAUGUGAAAUACUCAACAAUUCACAUUAUUCGCAAUAAUAAAACCAUUGCAAUUAUUUCUGAAUUGACAGUACAUGUGAAUGGUUAGAUCCUCUUUGAGGGUUGUCCUUCCUUAUGUUGUGUAAUGGCUUCUGUUGUAAACAUAUUGUUGCUUGCCAAAUCACACAUUAACCUUAGAAUUAGUUAUAUUUUAUUUGUAAACACAAUGAUGAAAGGGAGAUUUAAGGUAUUGCUUCCAAGGUUACAGCAAUGGCGAUGUCACAUAAACGACAUGUAGAGGUCAACAUAUAGGUUGGAAGAAUAGAUGAACUUCUGUAAAUUAUGUCAAGCACCAUUUUGUCAUAGAUAUAGACAAUAGUGAAGAAACUUUACUCAAAAAUUAGAUAUGUUGUUUAGACUAAUUCAUUUACGACAAAAAUGAAUAUUAGGGGGGGG